UAUAGUUUGUGCUUGCUUGGAGUAAAAAAUCUCAAGAAAAUGUCUGGCGACAAUGGAGGAGGUCUACAACAUAUUCUUUCUUCUCCCCACAGAGACUAUCUGAUUCGUAGCAAUGGUGUUCAAGUUCCCAUUACAAGUUUAAGAGGAUACAAGGUCGGAUUGUACCUCUGGGCAUCAUGGUCCCGUCCAUGCCGAAAGUUCACCCGGAAACUAGUAGAAGCUUACAAUGACCUUUCUUCCAAACGGGACUUUGAGAUUGUGUGCAUAUCUAAGGAUAUCGACGAGACUUUGUUUCAAACCUAUUUCUCCAAAAUGCCAUGGCUUGCAAUCCCUUUCUCCGAUUCCAAAUCCCACAAUAAAUUGGCCUCUAGGUUCUGUAAACGCCUCCCUCACCUUGAGAUCUUGGAUGAGAAUGGAAAGAUCAUUUCUCAAAAUGCAGUUGACAUGGUCCAAGAAUAUGGAGCUGAAGCUUAUCCUUUUACCACCCAAAGGAUCAUUCAAAUUCGGGACAAGGAGGAAGAGUCCAAGACUAACCAAUCUCUGCGAUCUCUAUUAGUUUCUACCUCAAGAAAUUUUCUUCUGUCAGCUGAUGGAAAAAGGGUUUGUAUUUCCAAGCUUGAAUGGAAGUUCGUAGGCCUCUAUUUCUGUUCCUCGUCAUUAUCGGAUGAUAAUGAUAAUUGCAAGAGAUUCACCCCAAAGCUUGUAAAGGCAUAUGACUUGCUGAAGCAGGGAGGGGCUAAUUUUGAAAUUGUCACAGUUUCUCUUGAUCAUCCGGACUAUAAGCAAGAUGAUGACGUGGAUAGUGUCAACAACGAUGAUGAAGGCAAGGUUAGUGAUCAGCUAAAGAUGCCUUGGUUGAACAUUCCAUUUAAAGACGAGAAGAGCAGUGCUAGGCUUGUUAGAUAUUUCAAAAUCCGGUUCUCUGACCUGCCCAAACUGGUUAUCAUUGGAGCUUAUGGUGAAACCCUUAUGGAGAAUGCAGUGGAUGCAAUUGAAGAGUAUGGGGCCGAGGCUUUUCCCUUCACUAGUGCUAAGCUGGAAGGGCUGAAGGAGAAAGAUAAGUCGAUGCUUGAAGGGCUAAAUCUGGACACCAUUUUUACAUCCUCUAAAGACAAGUUCCUCAUUGGAAAGGUUCCAUUGUAUAAUCAUCUUAAUGGGAAACAUAUACUCCUUCACAUUUCUGGGAAAGCCGAUACACCGAGACAACUUCUAGGAAUGUACUGUGAGAUUAAGAAGAAGAGGAGUGAUAAACUUGAAAUAGUCUAUAUCCCCAACGAAGCAGAUGAGACCACCUCCUCGUUGUAUGAGCUUCCAUUGUUGAUGGUUCCAGUUAGUGGAAAUGAGUUGUGGAUUGAAUCAACCAGACGCAUUUUCAAUGCCAAGGAGGAUUUUGAGGGAAAGAUGGUAGUUAUUGGGCCGAGUGGGAAGGUCAUCACAAGACAUGGCAGGGAACUUGUGAUGUCGUUUGGGGGACGUGGUUACCCUUUUACAGAGGAGAGGCUGGGAGAGAUGGUCAAGGAAUGGCCUCAGACAAUGAAUGAUGUCUCCAUCCACGAGCACGAGGUGAGUUUUAUUGAAAUUGGCAGGUACAAAUGUGCUUUGUGCUGUGAGUAUGGUUUGAUGAGGGCUUUCAGCUGUCAACAUGAUGACUGUCAUUUUGUUACUCACCCAAAAUGUGCAGAGAUGAAAAAGAAGAAGUAGUAACAGGUUCAAAUAUAUAUAUAGCACAGAAUACUACUUGUAUAAGAUAGAUGCUUCUCUUCAGACUUCUCUAAGGUGUCUUUUGGUACUGAUGGAUG